AUGGCGACCAACCGUCCUGAUCGUACGGACCUCGUCCCCGGGACCGUGCAUCUCGUAGACAUUAGUGGCGAGGCGGCGAACACAAAGCAUGAAAAGGAUAUCGUCCUUGUGCCCCGUCCAAGCGCGGACCCAGAAGAUCCGUUGAAUUGGAGCCGACGGCGCAAGUUAUUACAGGUGGCCAUGAUCUUUACCUACACGCUUGGCGUGGGUAUUCCGACCACCUUGCAGUAUAGCGUGCUCGCGGACAUCACGCGCGACACCGGCAUCACUACGGCUCAACUGGUUAAUGGCACUGGUCUCAUGUUCUUGUUUCUCGGGUGGGGGUGUCUGCUCUGGCAGCCUAUCGCAAUCACUUACGGUCGUCGCGGCGUUUAUGUCAUUUCCUGUUUGCUCUGCGUCCCCUUCAUGGUCUGGACCGCGUAUUCCAAGACGUAUGGAGAAUGGUACGCGCAUCGCAUUAUCAUGGGCCUGGCAGCGUCACCCAUUGAGUCACUCCCGGAAGUGUCAAUCCCCGAUAUCUUCUUUGCCCAUGAACGUGGAAGAUGGAUGGGCGGUUACGUGCUGUUUCUGUUUGGAUCGAAUUUCAUCGCCCCUCUGAUUGCCGGAUGGUUCAACGACGCCUAUGGGUGGAGAUGGGUCAUGUAUUUUGGCGCCAUGAUCUCAGCGUUGGCGACCGUGAUUAUCUUCUUCUUCAUGGAGGAAACGCUCUAUUUCCGCCCGAACGUCGAAGGCGAGGAAUUGGAGAUUUCUUCAUCCGGCGACGCAAACUCUACCCGGUCUGAUUCAAAGGAGAAGCGAGAAAUGUUGACCACAUCCAGCACGGAAAACAUCCAGUCGUUCCCGCCUCCACGCACCUUUGUUCAGAAGUUAAACCUCUUUGUCUUCCUGGAGGGACGGCCAAGUGUGAAGCAGAUGCUUACCAUGAUGUACCGCCCCCUGCUGAUUAUUCUUUAUUUCCCCUGCACAUCCUGGUCCGGCUUCCUUUACGGCAUCAACCUGUCUUGGUACAACGUGUUGAACGCAACUGCGUCUCCGGUUCUAUCUGCAGCCCCAUAUGCUUGGACGGCAGCCCUCGUUGGUUCUGCUUAUACCGCACCCAUCAUUGGGGCCAUCUUUGCAUGUGCCUGGUCAGGCAUUGUCGCCGAUAAAGUCGCGAUCUACCUUGCUCGGCGCAACAAGGGCGUCCGUGAGCCGGAGCAUCGUUUGUGGCCCCUCGUCGUCUCUGGCGUCGUUUCCACUGCAGGGUUGAUUCUAUGGGGUGUCGGUGCCUCAUACGGGAUUCAUUGGGUGGGCCUCGAGUUUGGGCUUGGCAUGCUUGCUUUUGGAUGUAUCACGGGAGGGUCCAUCGCUAUUUCAUACAGCAUUGACUGUUUUAAGGAACUCAGCGGAGAGUCGAUGGUGUCGGUCAUUAUUAUUCGCAAUACGCUUGGGUUCGGAUUCAGCUAUGCCAUCACGCCGUGGAUCGAAGCACAGGGCCUCCGGAACUGCUUCAUCACUGUUGGCAUGGUUUCGCUUGUCACGACGGCCACCUUUUUGUUAAUGACGGUGUUUGGGAAGAGACUGAGACGGUUCUCGAGGGACAAAUACUGGCAAUACGUCGCUACGAGUGUGGCGGGAACGAUUUGA